UGUCUGUGAAUGCUUGUGGAGUUGGAAGUGGAUCUAGAAUCUGAGUCUAAAUUUCAUGAAGCUCUGUCCAUAUUCGAUCAGGAGGGCAGUGAGCUGAGAUUGACCCUGUGUACGUGUACCGGUACCGUACUACCUGUAGAUUUAAAUUAAGGAAAGCUGUACAUACAAAGAAUGACGGAAGGUGGUGGUGUUGGAGAAAAUGACCCAGCUCAAGGUGAUGCAGGUCAACCCAAAAGUUGGUGGGAAAAACAGAGGAGAGAAGCUGCCUCAUUUUCCGUAGAAGACUGUCCAGAAUGCAGAUAUGUAGGAGGUUUUGGCAUGUAUGGAGCUGCAUUGUACGUGGGAUAUACAAGUAUCAGAAGGCAGAAACUGGCAGGAAGAACAUUAUGGGGUGCUGUACCAGCUCUAACUGUAUCUGCUGUAAUGGUCGGUCUUGGAACUGCCCGUCUUCUUCGCAUCAACCCCUUCAGUAGCAGUGGAAAUGAGUUGGGGAUAGACCUGGUUGACCAAGCUCUUCGGAACCUUGUACAGCCAGCAGACAAUGAACACAAAAAUGACAAUGUGGAGAGAUGAUGAAAACUAAGUUUUCCAGAGACACUAAUAUGUUUGAAAAGGAUCACGAGUCUUUAUUUGUUACACUGAUAGCUCAACCCUGAAGUCAUCAUGAGAAGGAUAUUAUUGGCUGUGCAGAAUAGGCAAGUAUUUCUUCAUGCCAGGAGCAGCCAUAAUGUUGAUGUCUCGUCAGAUUAUUCUUUUCAAUGUCAUCUUGAGUCACAUUACGGGGGGGGGGGGGAUACAGGGAUCCUGACAUUCAUUUGGUGUACAAGGAUGUGCCACUGUUUUUUUUUUUUUUUUUUUUUUUAAGAAUGAUCCUUGAACAAUUUUUACAGAAAAGCACAAGAUCCUUGAAGUUAUAUUGUUAUAAUCAUGUACACUGGACCUGCUAUGUGUUCUAAUUAAAUAUUCAAGCCAAAGA